AUGAACAUCUCCACUGAGUACUUCAACUCAACUGGAGUUCAUCCUUUCACCAUAAUACAAGAAACUUUGAUACUGAGGGGUUUCAGGAUUGCUUUGCUUGGCUUUAAUAUACUGUUCGGACUUCCUACACACUCCUAUGUUUUGUGGCUUAUUGCACGAGAAGGAAGAAUUCCUUUAGAAAUCUUCAAUGUCAAUCUCACAGUUUGCGAAAUAAUUUACUCUUUUAUUUUUCUUACACAAAUAUUCGCAAGUCUAGAGUUAUUAUAUCAAUUUUUACAAGGACUAGGCAUCACUGGCCGUCCUCUGUUUCAGUGUCUGAUGUGUGUUGAGCGUUACCUGGCAGUGGUUCAUCCUGUAACCUUUCUGAAGUUCAAACCUCUCAGAUAUAGAGUGAUCUGCUGCACUGCGGUCUGGAUAACCACUCUUGGAUCCUGUUUGGCUGCUAUGAUCAUACAAAUAGUAUCUAAUCUGAAGACAUAUUCAUGGUUCUUCUCGCUGCAGUUCCUCAUCUUCCUCUCCAUCCAGUUGUUUUGUCUUGUGGCUGUUCUCAGAGCUCUGAAGCAGUCAGGACCAGGAGAGAGAGGGAGAAAGAGAGAGGAGGAAAACCACAUGAAGAGAAGAGCGUUUCAUCUCAUUCUAAUAACUACUGUUACUUUGGUUGUCAUGUUUGUACCUUUCGCUAUCACUGGAUUCCUCACUGUUCUGCAACAGCAAGAACAGCAAGGAAUUUUACCGAUCUGGUUUCUUAGUAUUAGUUGUUUCAUUCUGGCUGGUUUUGUGCAACCUGUUCUUUAUCUGCACAGGGCUGGGAAACUCUUCUGUCUCUGUUCAUCAUAAAAUGAAAAUGCAAAUGUUUUAUACAGUACAUUCUGUAACUGAACCCAUUAUUAAU